ACCCAAAUAGGUUUUGAAGCACUAAAGGCUGGUAUCUUUAUUCCCUAAAACACUCAAUUUUCUUCUAACAUUGAAUUCUCCCACUAACUCCCCCGCUUUUUUUAACGCAGAAUAUGAAUUUAUGCUUCAAUUAUAGUGGAUUGACAUCUUCGAAAAGGGUAUCAAUGCUUGUCUUACUUGACACAGUUCGUGUAGCUCUCAUAUCGAGUAGUGAUUUACAGGGCAACAAGUUUUUAAUAAUCUUCAUUUAACUACUCUCAUUCCCAGCAUGAAGCGAGCCAAAAAAGUCACUUUGGCAAAUGUUCCAAUUUGUACUGUCAAAGUCCACAAUCUAACUCGUUGAGUUAUAGCCUAAAAGCCUAGAAGUCCACAAUGUUUGCAGUGCUUUUGUAGUCCCCAUUGUGUAAUUAUCGGUAUAUUUUAUAUAUCAGAAAAAUAUUGGAUAAGAAAGAGGAGGAGAAGCAGCCACCAGGAAAGCAAAACGAGAGGGUUGUGACUUGUGUAUAGCAUUUGACUAAGGGAGAAAAGAACAAAAAAGGUGGUCCUUUUUAGCUCACAGCCCAGCGGGAGUCAGAGGGGAAAAAAGUUCUUUCUCCGGGAAAGGGCAUACCAUGCCUUUAAUCUGGGCCCAGCAAUAGCCAUCCCCAGUCUACACGAGUUCUCCCAAAAGGACAGGAUCCACAUUGAUAUUUGAUGAUCCCCAAAGUAAAUCCCACUGAUAAAACGACGCUGGGGACUUUUCAGAUUUUGAAUUUGUUUAUUUCAUAUCCGAAUUUUGUACUUCGGGGACUACGAUUCCCUUCACAAUGCACUGCACAACUCUACUUAACGUAGCUUCUGAGGGUUGAAGUCGCAAUGCAUAGAAUUAACGCUUCAUUCACUUCUCCUUCUCUGAGCAAAUAGAGGGAACAGUGAAACAAAACAUAGAAAUGAGAAGCUUUUAUAAUUACCUUCUUCUCUAUAUUUCCCUGAUUCUUCUACUAUAUUCUGCUAGCAGUAACGGUUACAGUGAUCUUGAAGUUCUGUUGAAGCUCAAGUCUUCCAUGAUUGGACGCAAAGGUUCAGGGCUCGAUGACUGGGAAUUCUCCUCAUCUCCAUCUGCGCAUUGCUAUUUCUCUGGUGUUAAAUGCGAUGAGGAUUUCCGUGUUGUUGCUCUGAAUGUUUCGUUUUCUCCUCUCUUUGGCACCAUUUCUCCGGAGAUAGGGCUUCUGAACAAGCUCGUGAACCUCACUAUAUCUACCGUUAAUCUUACAGGGAAGAUUCCAGUGGAGAUGAGGGAUUUGACUUCUCUCAAGAUAUUCAACAUCUCCAACAAUGUUUUCAGGGGCAGUUUCCCUGGAGAAGUCCUUACAGGUAUGACUCAGCUUGAGAUUCUUGAUGCUUAUAACAAUAACUUCACGGGUCUUCUUCCCAUUGAGGUCGCGAACCUGAAAAUUCUAAAACAUCUAUCUUUUGGAGGCAACUUUUUCACGGGAGAGAUACCGGAGAAGUACUCUGACAUCCAGAGCUUGGAAUACUUGGGUCUAAACGGCAUCGGUUUAACUGGGAAAAGUCCUGCGUUUUUGGCUCGUUUGAAAAACCUGAAAAACUUGUUAAUUGGAUAUUUCAACGCCUAUGAUGGAGGAAUUCCACCUGAGUUUGGAUCAUUAAGUCAACUCGAACUUCUCGACAUGGCAAGCUGUAACCUAACUGGUGAGAUUCCUGCGAGUUUGAGCAACUUGAAACACUUGCACUCAUUGUUCCUUCAAGAGAACCGUCUCACUGGUCGUAUUCCUUCUCAACUCUCUGGUUUAAUCAGCUUGAAAUCGCUCGAUCUUUCCCUAAAUGAACUUACAGGGGAGAUACCAGAGAGUUUCUCUGCCUUGCAAAACAUUACACUCAUCAAUUUGUUCAAAAAUAAUCUCUACGGUUCAAUCCCGUCAUUUGUAGGUGAUUUUCCACAUCUUGAAGUGCUUCAAGUGUGGGGAAACAACUUCACGCGUGAAUUACCGGAGAAUCUUGGCCUCAACGGGAAACUUUAUAAGCUUGACGUAACUUCGAAUCACCUCACUGGAUUGAUUCCACGGGAUUUGUGUAAGGGAGGGAGGUUGGAGACGUUGAUUCUGAUGGAAAAUUUCUUCUUUGGUCCACUACCUGAAGAACUCGGCAAAUGCAAGUCUCUUACCAAGAUUCGUAUCAUGAACAACUUUCUCGUUGGAGCAAUUCCAGCUGGAAUUUUCAACUUGCCCUUGCUGAGUAUCAUCGAGUUAGGCAAUAAUCUCUUCUCUGGUGAACUCCCGUCCCAGAUGUCAAGUGCUUCGCUUGGUCAGUUAAGAGUUUCAAACAAUAGGAUUACUGGUAAAAUCCCUCCAGCAAUCGGAAAUUUGCGUACUUUACAAAUUUUGUCUCUUGAAAUGAACAAAUUUUGGGGUGAAAUUCCUGAGGAAAUCUUCAACAUCAAGUUACUUUCAAAGAUAAACAUCAGUGACAACAAUAUUACUGGUGAAAUCCCUCCUUCCAUCUCUCAGUGUACUUCACUUACUUCAAUUGAUUUCAGUCAGAACAGUCUUACUGGUGAAAUUCCAAAAGGAAUUGACAAGUUGAAAGAUUUAAGCAUUCUCAAUUUUUCAAGAAACCAGCUAACUGGUUUAAUCCCUGCUGAAAUCCGGUACAUGACAAGUCUCACAAUUCUUGAUCUCUCGGAUAAUAAUUUCGAUGGGAGAAUUCCCACUGAUGGCCAAUUCUUAGUCUUCAACGAUAGCUCGUUUACUGGAAACCCCAACCUCUGUUCACCGCGCCACGUUACUUGUCCAGCUUUGAUAAACCAAGCUAGAGGUUCGGGUCAUGGCCAGGGAGCGUCUUUCACUGCUUCGAAACUCUCGAAGCUCAUAAUCACAAUCAUCACGUUUAUCACGGCUUUGUUAUUGAUAAUUGUCACGGUUUACAGAAUGAGAAAGAAGAGACUUCAAAAGUCACAAGCCUGGAAGCUCACUGCUUUCCAAAGGCUAGAUUUCAAAGCUGAGGACGUGCUGGAGUGCUUGAAGGAAGAGAACAUUAUAGGGAAAGGUGGAGCUGGGACUGUCUACCGCGGUUCCAUGCCGGAUGGUCUUGAGGUAGCAAUUAAAAAAUUGGUGGGUCGUGGUACUGGAAGAAGCGAUCAUGGGUUCUCGGCGGAGAUUCAAACUCUGGGUCGAAUUAGGCACCGGAACAUUGUGAGACUGUUGGGUUACGUGUCGAAUAAGGACACGAAUCUGUUGUUGUACGAGUAUAUGCCUAAUGGGAGCUUAGGAGAAAUGUUGCAUGGGUCAAAGGGUGCACAUUUGCAAUGGGAGAGGAGGUAUAGGAUUGCCGUGGAGGCUGCCAAGGGACUGUGUUAUCUUCACCAUGAUUGCUCGCCUCUGAUUAUUCAUAGGGAUGUGAAGUCAAAUAACAUAUUGCUUGACGAAGAUUAUGAAGCUCAUGUUGCUGAUUUCGGGCUGGCUAAGUUUUUGCAGGAUGCUGGUGCAUCUGAGUGCAUGUCCUCCAUUGCUGGUUCCUAUGGCUACAUUGCACCAGAGUACGCCUACACACUGAAGAUUGACGAGAAAAGUGAUGUGUACAGUUUUGGUGUUGUGCUGCUGGAGCUGAUAGCAGGAAGAAAACCCGUCGGGGAAUUUGGAGAUGGGGUAGACAUUAUUAGGUGGGUCAGAAAGACCACAUCGGAACUCCCUCAGCCGUCUGAUCCUGCUUUAGUGUUGGCAAUAAUGGACCCCAGGCUAAGUGAGUACCCACUGGCAGGUGUCAUCCAUCUGUUCAAGGUAGCCAUGAUGUGCGUUGAGGAUGAGAGCUCUGCUAGGCCCACCAUGAGAGAAGUUGUUCACAUGCUCACCAAUCCUCCACAGUCUGCCCCAAGGCCAAGCAUCCUCACCUUUUGAUCUCAUCAGCUAUCAGCUCAUCAUUACCUUUGCAGUUACAUACAAACAUAAAAAACUGUAAUAAUUUCCUAACCAAGGUUUUGGGUACUAGAAAAUGUACACUAACCUUCUAUAAUGGGCGAAAAUUGUAUGUUGUGUUAGUGGAAUUUUCUGUUUUCUCAAUGUAGAAGUGCUGCUUUUCAUACACAUGACUGAAGUCAGUUUUAGUAACUUUGAUUUUGUUGCCUAAUUGAGUUAAAUGAGGUUUGUGUUUGAUUUCAAAACAAACCUCCAUUCCAAUUUCCUUGAACAUGUUCUGAUUGUACCAUAUUUAGUUUACAUUAGUCCUAAGUUUCUACAUUUAUGUAAGAUCCAUUGUACUUUACGAUUAAGUAUUCACACAGCGUAAUUUUACGUUCCUAAUUAUUCAACAAUUCUAUUGAUGUAAGCGGUUUGAAGUUGUCCAUGCUCACUUCACAUGAUAGGUUUCCAUGUUCAUUGCAUCAUGUCAUGAAAGGUGAUUUUGGAUGAACAUUAUACAAUCAACUCACUGUUCUUUAUAUUGAAACUAGAACUUAGUAGCAGGCCUUUAACAUUUGGCGGUAGCCAUUGCUUCAUUGUUCAAAAUCAAAAGCC